AUGACUCGUGAUCACUUUGUCGUACACGGUUUUCAUCAGAAUAAAGAUGUUGAUUUAUCCAAAUCCAAAAGACAAUAUUCUGAUCAAAUAAGGUACUUAAACAAGCGUGUUUUUGUAAAAGUACUCAAAAAUGGAGAAACGUGUGAUAGGACAUGGCUAGUAUAUUCUGAAAGUUUAGGAAAAGUUUUUUGUGGUCCUUGUUUAUUAUUUAAUCAUGGAAAUAACAAUUUACUAGCGUCAACAGGAUAUGAUGACUGGAAAAAUGCAAAUGUACGCCUUAACCAACACGAAAAUUCAAAUAUUCAUAAACAAAGUAUUUUAAUAAUGAAUGAUAGAAGACAUAUUAGUUGCCGUGUAGAUAAACAGAUUGAGUCCCAAAUAAAUGAAGAAAUAAAUUAUUGGCGUAAUAUUUUACAUAGAUUAGUGGUUAUUACUCAGUCAUUGUCUUCUCGUGGUUUAUCAUUUCGAGGACAUGAUCAAAAUAUAGGGUCAAUUCACAAUGGUAAUUUUUUAAUGGUCGUUGAAGUUUUGGCAAAAUUUGAUCCAUUUAUGUCUCAACACAUUGCAAAAUACGGUAACAAAGGUAGUGGAUCGACUUCAUAUUUAUCUUCUACUAUUUAUGAGGAACUUAUACAACUUAUGGCUAAUAAAGUAACUUCUAAAAUUAUAGACGAAAUAAAAAAAAACAAAUAUUUUUCUAUAGUGUUAGAUUCGACUCCUGAUUUUUCUCACUCUGAUCAGUUAUCUAUUAUCUUACGCUACGUUCAUCAGGGUGUCCCAGUUGAACACUUUUUGACUUUUAUUUCUGGAUGCAGUCAUAAAUCUCAACAGCUUUGUGAAGUUGCUUGUAACACUUUAAAAAAAUUUAACAUCCCCAUUGAAGAUUGUCGGGGUCAGUCAUAUGACAAUGCCAGCAACAUGUCAGGACAAUAUACAGGACUACAAGCAAGAAUAAGAGAAAUAAAUCCUCUUGCUGUGUAUGUCCCAUGCGCUGCGCACUCGCUGAAUUUAGUUGGAGUCCAUGCUGUAGAAUGUUGUCCUGAAGCUACUAAUUUUUUUUGUAAUCUACAGCAUUUAUAUACUUUCUUUUCUGCUUCAACUCAUAGAUGGGAUAUUUUAAUGACUCAUUUCAGCUCUAAAUCUAAAACAUUGAAACGAAUUAAUACUACAAGAUGGAGUUCAAGGGAUGAUGCUUGUCUCAGCUAUAAUGAGUCUUGGAAUGAAAUAAUAAAUGCUCUGUCAGAAAUAGAAAAAGAAAAUAGUGAAACACCAGAAACUCGAAGUGAAGCAGCUGGGUUACGUCAUAACUUUGAAUACUUGGAAACUAAUUUUAUGGCAAUUUUAUGGGGUUUUUUACUAAAUAGAUUAAAUGCUGUAAGCAAAAAAUUACAAAGUAUUGAAAUCGAUGUAGUCAUUGUUUUGGAGUUAUAUGAUUCAUUAAUUGAACUUAUACGUUCACAACGUAAUGAAUUUGAUAAUUACGAAGAGAAAGCACUUAUUCGAUCUACAAUAAAACAGUAUAAAACUAGAAAUGAAUUAUUAAAAAGACGUCAGGCUUAUAAUUCAUUCUGUGAACCCUUUUUUUUCUUGACAAGAUUAUUUGAAUUGAAUCCAUGUGAGAUAAAACAUAAAUCAAACAACCUCUGGAAAAUAUAUCCAAAUGAUAUUGAUCGUGAAGACUUGCAAACGGAAUUAUUACAUUUAAAAGAUCAUUUACUUAUUAAAUUUGGUCCAAAAACACAAAUUUUUGUUUGUACACCUGCAACUAAUUGUUCGGCCGAAAGAUCGUUUUCGUGCCUCAAAAGGAUUAAAAAUUAUCAAAGAUCGACAAUGAGCCAACAGAGAUUAAAUGCUUUAGCAACAUUGUGUAUUGAAAAUAAAAUUACAACAGAAAUGGAUUAUGAAGACAUCAUAAAAGCCUUUGCGGAACAAAAAAGCAGAAGAAAAAUAAUUCUAUAA